AUGGCAACCUGUCAGCCUGAAGAAGCUCAAGAAGGCACUGUAGCUCAGGCGCAAGGCUAUUACACUGCUUAUGCACGUCAAAGGCAAAGACCGCCGCAUGGACGACAUGGACACCUGGAAAUACAUAUCGCUUAUGAUUGGCCGCAAGUCGUGACGAGAACCACGGUGAGCUAUGGAUUCGACAAUCUUACGGACGGCAGGGUAGAAGUAAUCUCAUUCCACCGCGACCAAGAUAAUAAGACCGCCGACGCUGGUUCUAAUGCUGAAAGAAACGUGAGUGGCAAGACCGUCGGUGGCUCGGUCCUACAAAGGUCUGGCACUCAGCAGACGCAGAAGAACCGAUCAGAGUACACAAGAAGGAUCAAGCACAAGGCCAAGAGUGACAUUGCCAAUUACAACGCGUGGGCCUUUGACGCAAAGGAGAAACAAGACAAGCGACCCGCCAGCCUCGAAAAGGUUGUAAAAGACCGACCUUGUCAACUUCCGUGA